GGCGGGGUUUGUAAAGCUCUAAGGCUGAAGAUUAAUCCAAAGCUUUAGACUGAAGACGUCACUCAAGGGAGAAGCAAUACCUUGUUUAGUCCUGUGGAUUUAUUUUACUGAGACAAGACCAAGCAAAGUUGAGAAAUGGCUAGCAGAGGGACAGUCUUUGUAACUGGAGGAACAGGCUAUAUUGGUUCCCACUGCAUCAUUGACCUGUUGAAUGAGGGCUACGAGGUCAUUACUAUUGACAACCUCACCAACAGCAGGUCAGGUGCAUUGACCAGAGUGCAGGAGAUUACAGGAAAGCCUGUUACCUUCUACCAGUGUGACCUGCUGGAUGGGGAGGCAGUCAAUAAGAUAUUUUCAAAGCACAAAAUUGAUUAUGUCAUCCACUUUGCUGCCAUGAAAGCUGUUGGAGAGUCAAUGCAGUUCCCACUUAUUUAUUACAAGAACAAUGUUAUUGGGACCAUCAAUUUGAUUGAGGCCAUGAAAGCAAACAACGUGUACCAGCUGGUAUUUUCAUCUUCAUGCACUGUAUAUGGAGACCCAGAACACCUUCCCAUCACUGAAGAUCAUCCGACUGGAAAUGUAACAAAUGUGUAUGGACGCACAAAGUAUCUGAUUGAGGAAAUGUUGAAAGAUCUGUCUAAGGCAGAGGAGAAAUGGAAUAUCAUUGCUUUACGAUAUUUCAAUCCUGUUGGUGCUCAUCCUUCUGGUCGACUGGGUGAAGAUCCAACUAAAAACUUCACCAAUCUCAUGCCUUACAUUGGUCAAGUUGCCAUUGGGAAAAAGCCAAGUUUGACCAUUUUUGGCAGUGAUUAUGACACUGCAGAUGGCACAGGUGUACGAGACUACAUCCAUGUAAUGGAUUUGGCAUCUGGACAUGUUGCUGCUCUUUCCAAGCUUGACAGGGAACAUCUGAGAUACAAGCCCCUCAACCUAGGCCUAGGUGUUGGCUUGUCAGUGCUGGAGUUUAUCAAGAAAUUUGAGCGUGUGUCGAAGGUGCAGAUUCCUUAUGAGUACGUGGGAAGGAGAGUAGGAGAUGUGGCAACGCUGGUGUGUGAAGGAAGCCGUGGCAUGAAAGAGCUGAACUGGCAACCACUCAGGAAUUUUGAGGUCAUGUGUGAGGACUUCUGGAAGUGGCAGACCAUGAAUCCUGAUGGCUAUGUUAAUGACAAACCAUAUCCAGUCUCCCACAUUGAUGAUGUUAUUCCAGUAAAGACUGCCUCAACAGAAUCAGCAGUAGAAGCUAAUAGUAUGAAUGGUAUUAACGGACAUUAAAGCCUGCAUUUGUUUGAUACAGAAAGGCUGACCCAGAUGUUACCUUGAAACACAUGUGUCAGAUAGCUGAAUUUUAAUUUUAUGAUUAAUGUUGUAGUUGAAUUAUAAGAAUUCAAAUAUUCAACAGAGUAUUAUUCCAUAGUAUUAUACUGUGCAUUUACUGUAUAAUUAUUGACACAUCCAUUACCCUUAUAUAUAAAAGCAUCUGAUUGGUUCAUAAGUGUAUUUUUACACAAAUUAUGAAGUUUACAAUUAUGUAUUUAUUUAUUUAAUUAUCUAAAGAUACUUGAAAAUCGGACCUGAUUAUCAAGCCAAGAUGGUACAGUAGCAGUAAAAUAUCAUGUGAAAUUAAUAUGAAAAACUUUCAUAGUACUUGUUACUAAGAAAUGGUUUUCAAAUGUCAUACGUAUAAAUAGUGUUUUAUUAAAUAUAUGAUCACUGUUUCAGUUGGUUCAUUUUAUGCUAUGUAUCUUUUUGCAUCUAUGUAACUAGUUUUAGUGUAUAUCUCAAGGGACUACUUUUUUCUAAUUUUAUUCUUCUCGAUUUUAAUUUCUUCCUGUGAACUACCAUGUAGUCCAUUCUUGUGUUCCUAGGUAUAUUAAAUACCUACAGAGAAAUUAUUUAAAUAAUGUAAACUUUUGUUAAAUUGCAUUAAAAUGUAAGGAUAAUAAA